CCGCUUGUCCCCGGUUCGCUUCUCCUCCCUACCAUCUCUCCCGCGUUUUGAAGAGCAAUGCAGCGGAAAUGAGGAGCCGAUGGCUGGUCUCGGCUUUCUCCAGAACCCUAACCCUAGCUUUCUCCCGCCACGUCCACCGCCGCCGCUUCUCCUCCGCCACCGGCGUGGCCGUGAAGAAGGUGACGAACUCCAAUUUCGAGCCGGCGCUGGAGGAGCUCCGUGUCCGGGUCCGGGAGGCGGACUUUGUCGCCAUCGAUCUCGAGAUGACCGGCAUCAUGAGCGCCCCGUGGAGGGAUGCGUUUGAGUUCGACCGCUCCGACGUCCGAUACCUCAAGGUGAAGGAUUCGGUGGAGAAGUUCGCCGUGGUACAGGUCGGGGUCUGCCCCUUUCGGUGGGACGGGGCCAAGGGUUCCUUCAUCGCCCACCCGCACAAUUUCUAUGUAUUUCCUCGGAAGGAACUUCCAGUUGAUGGACCAUCAUAUGAAUUUCUCUGCCAGACAACUUCAAUGGACUUUCUGGCCAGAUAUCAAUUUGAUUUCAAUGCGUGUAUACAUGAAGGAAUAUCUUAUUUAUCCAGAGCACAAGAGGCAGAAGCUCUGCAAACUUUAUCUUCAGCAUACAAGGAUGAAUUCAAUGAUUCCUUACAUAACCUGGAAGAGCAUGUAGAAAUACCAUUAUUGAGUACUGCUGAUCUUCUUUUCACUGAACGGAUGAAGAACAGAUUCCACCAAUGGUGUGAUGAAUUAAUAAAGAGUCCAGCCAAGAACUCUCCUUUGGAGGAAAAUUCUGAUAGUAAUAAAAUGCAAUUUCGGACAGUUUUCUUUAAGAUGCGCCCAGCAGUUUUGCUGGAUGGCUUCAGCUCCCACCAACUGAAGUUGAUUCAGCUGGUUUUAAGAAAGCACUUCAAAGACCUUGUAUACGUCCGUUCUGUUGAUGAAAAUGCCACUUGGAGAAAGAUAGUAGUAUACACAGACUCCGAGGAGGACAAGGCAUCUCUCAGAAAGGAGGUCCAGGAAGAUCUACUCAAGACUACAGGAGCAAGGGUUAGGUCAGCUGUGGGAUUUCGCCAUGUUAUAGAUCUUCUCACAUCAGAAGAAAAACUGAUUGUUGGUCACAAUUGUUUUUUAGAUAUUGCACAUAUUUAUUGCAAAUUUUUUGGUCCUCUCCCUUCAUCAAUGGUCGAAUUUGCAUUAGCUGUGCACAAAAACUUGCCACGCAUAAUCGACACCAAGCAUCUCCUGAACUCCAGCCAUAUAAUUCAGUAUCUGAUGAAAAGGAGUAGCAAAUCACUCUCUUCAGCUUUUUCAGUGUUGUGCCCUAGAGUUUCCUCUCCAUCCCAGCAUGUUGCUUCUAAUUCUUAUGUGAAAGUUGAGGUUCAAGCAGAUGAAACUGGGUCAUGUUGCUUUAACUCAGGUGCCAAGCAUGAAGCAGGGUAUGAUGCUUUUAUGACUGGAUGUGUGUUUGCUCAGGCGUGCAGUCACUUGGGCAUGAAAUUUGAACUCCACUCACAAUCAAUUGAUUUUUCCAAAAAUGAUAAGAUCCAGAACUAUAUGAAUCUUCUAUACCCCAGCUGGAACAGUGGAACAGUCAUUGAUCUGAGUACAGGAAUGGAGAAUCCUGAUUCAAGUUACAAGCGUAGAUAUCCUCAGAUAGUGUUUUCAAACAUUGUGCUUGUCUGGGGAUUUCCAUCUAAUAUCAAGCCUAAGGAUUUGAAGGAGUGUGUAUGUAAAGUUUUUGGUCGAGAUUCCAUCACAUCAAUUUUUUUCCUAGAUUCAACUGCUGCACUUAUUCAGUUCAGCAAGGAGGAGUUAGUGAAUGAUUUUUUGAUUUUGAAGUAUAAGUUAGAGAGCAAUGAUGACCCAAUAUCGGUGUUGCACCCUCUUGCAAAGCUAUUGGAAGGUGGCAACACGUGUGCUGCCAAUUAUGAGACAUAUAGGGAUAUAUGCAGCUCUUCUGUAUCAAAGGUUUUGUUUGUGGAUCAAGCUGAAGCAGUUGGCAUCAGAUGGAAGACCAAAGUGGAAAAUGGGAGUGGGGAAACCCAGAAAUUUGCUAGUAAUACUGAAAAUGCACCAGGAGAUGGUUUGCCUGUUGUGAAACAGGUUACUGGAAAGAAAAAUGAUCCCAAAAGGCAAUCUCAUCACCAAGUUUCAUGUCAAGAUAUUUUAGAUUCUUUACAUGCUUCCAAUUCAUUAUUUGUAAAGCAGGUCAGAAGUACAUGAUGAUGUCUCGUAGACAGGCUGCAGGGCAUUUUGUAUCCCAUUUACCCGAGAUUGUCUAUUGUAUUACUAUCAGGCAACUUGAGGGUGAUUUGUUUGUAGAAUGGGAAUGUCUCACUCGUUAUUGAUUGCCUUCUCUCUAAGAUGGUGCUGGUUUUUUGAUGCAUUCACCAAAGAUCUAUAUCACCUAUGGUAUUGUAUUUCGAAGUUAGUGGAAUUUCAGAUAUGUAAGUUUUAUCUUUUGGAGCUUUGUUUUUCACA